ACACAUACACUCGGGAACGCCCUUCGCUGGAUGAUCAUGAAAAACCCAAAGGUGGAAUUUUGCGGGUACAGGUGAGUGGAAACCCUACACCUCCACGGAUUAACCUCAUCCUCCUCUAUCCUUACACCACCUUUUUCACCUCUUCCUGCUCUUUUCCAUCCCUGCUCCAACCGUCUGGCCAUGCACCUGCUAUACUGUUCGCCUCUGCCGAGCACAGGACCAGAGAAGGCGACAAAAAAAAACACGCCAGUGUUAUUGUUCUCUCUAUAUACUUCUAUUUCGAGUCUACCGACAACGAGUCUUCGUUGACCGCCCUCCUUGACGCGCUGAGUGCACUGGACGACCUAUGCGGAGUGAUUGAGGAAAAGUACGAGGAUGCGAGUCGGAGAUGGACUGCAGUAGCUGUUAUAGCACGUGUAGAUCAAAGGUCAAGGAGAACGCAGAUCCAAGGGGAGACGAUCUCGAUAAUUCGCUACACACCCAAUGUUCUUGUUCAUCCGAGGCAGAAGGCGAUGCGACCCCAGAACAAAGGGAAGCACUUGGUGAGAGGACGCGAGGACAAGGGAUCCCGUACGCGUCUCAUCGUUCUCUUGUCGUCUCAUCUAGUGAACCCUACGCUUCCCCUGGCACGCAGGCUCUCAACUCUCGACGGAAACACCUUCACUCCGCUCCAUCCAAACAUUUUCUCCCAAAUCCCAACCCAAUGCGGCGCCAGGGCGGGGACGGUGUUGAUGGAAGGUGAAGCUGUCUGCGCUCGCGUGGCACACAACCAUUUCCAAAUUAGGCAAAGAAGCGACUCCCAUCACCCAUCACUA